UGUUAUUAAAGCCAACAACAAAAAGGUUGCAACGGAGAUUUAACGACUCAAUCUCGACAUCAUUUACCAACAUCGUAAAAUAAGUGUGGAAGAUCCAGUUGAAAUUUGAGUAACGCCAAUUGGAGGCAUGGUGGAGAUGGUGCAAGUGCGGAAACGCAAUGCUUGCGUCAUAGUGCUGGGCGACAUUGGACGCAGUCCACGUAUGCAGUACCAUGCGCAAAGUCUUCUGGAAGACAAUUACAAUGUUGACAUCAUUGGUUACAUGGAGACACGCCCACUGGACGCAUUGACCGUGGCACAACCCAAGUGCAAAAUACACGAGCUGCCAGCGGUGCCUGUCACAAAUUUGACGCCAAAACUGAAACUACUCUUCAAGGCGAUAUGGCAAACAUUGAGUCUACUAAUUGCGCUCAUCUCCAUACCUCGUCCAAAUUUUCUGCUGGUUCAAAAUCCUCCGGGGAUACCAACGCUAGUCGUCUGCUAUUUAUACUGCGCACUGACGCGCACCAAACUGGCCAUCGACUGGCAUAAUUAUUCCUACACAGUUCUGGCUCUUGGCAUGGCCGGUGGCGAGAAAAGCCGCCUAAGUCGGCUAACCAAGCGCCUGGAGCGCUACUUUGGCGCCAAGGCACACACUCAUUUCUGUGUCACAAAAGCCAUGAAAGAGGAUUUGCAGCGCAAUUGGAAUAUUGGUCCAGUUACUGUGCUCUACGAUCGAGCACCAGCGCAAUUCCAUCCCAUUGAACUGGCCCAAAAGCAUGAACUCUUUAUGAAGCUCUCCAAGGAUUAUGCUCAAUUCAUGCCGCAAUGUUAUGCAGACCUUAAGCAAUCCGGCGUACUGGAGUCAACUGCACUAACACAAAAGUUGGCCAACGGCACGGUGCUCUAUAAGCCACAUCGACAGGCUGUACUUGUCUCAAGCACAAGCUGGACGCAGGAUGAGGACUUUGGCAUACUGUUGCAAGCACUCGAGUCCUACGAAAGUGUUGCCGUGGCACAGCCAAAUGUGUAUCCCACACUGCUGUGCAUCAUCACGGGCAAAGGGCCACAAAAGGCGCACUAUGAGGCGCAAAUAACAAAAUAUCAGUGGCAAAAGGUGUCAAUUGUGACGCCUUGGCUGGAGGCUGAGGACUAUCCCAGUGUAUUGGCUAGCGCCGAUCUCGGCGUAUGCCUGCACUGGAGCACCAGUGGCUUGGAUCUGCCCAUGAAGGUAGUGGACAUGUUUGGCAGCGGUCUGCCCGUCUGUGCAUACAACUUUAAAUGCCUGGACGAAUUAGUGAAACAUGGAGAGAACGGCUUUGUUUUUAACGAUCACAAGGAGCUGGCCGAGCAGCUACGUCUCUGGUUCGAGAACUUCCCCAAUAAUCCGAGCAUAAUUGAGACUCGCGCACGCUUUAACCGUAGUUUGCAAGAAUUCCAAGAGCUGCGUUGGCGUGAAAAUUGGAAACAACGUGCAGCUCCAGUCCUGGAAGCAUUUCUUUAGGCAUUUAUCGAAAAUUGUAGGCUGCAUUUUAUUGUUGCAAAGAAUUGGUGAACACAAAAAGAAGGCACUUAAACUAUGCUGGUCAGAUAUGCUUACAAUAUGUAUGAUCCAAAAUUUGUGCCGCUUAAGAGUUUAAUAAUAAAGUUUUGUUUAAUAGUACUCAGUUA